GAGAGGCGCGUCUCAGAGAACAGCGUGAACUGAUGAAGUCUGAGCGCACGGUCUCACCGAUGUGGACGGAGGGGAAAAACAAGAGCAGGACUGUCAUCAGCUACGGGAACAGCUCGAAGAUGGUUGACCCAGAUAUUCCUACAUGGCAGCUUUUACACACAGUUCAACAGAGAAAUGUUACAACUCCAGCUGCCACUCGUCCGUCUCAAACAGAGGACUCUUUGACCAAGAGCAGUGGAAUCAUCCCUGGUGCAAUAGCGGCCACAGUGUUCAUUGCCUUUUUACUUGCUCUCUACGCUGUCCUCUGGAAGUGCAUGGUGUCACCACCACAACGAAAGCACAGCAAGGUGAGGGUAAGAGUACAUCAGAGGACUUCUGUGUGAGGACUGGCGUCUGUUCAGCGAGUCAUUUUGGAUCUUAAAGGUGCAGCCUAAAAUCUGAGAGCAGACUUUGCUCCCAUGCAGGCAGAGAAGAGCGACUGCUGAAGAUCCUCCUAAUAGAUCCAAAGAUCAAACCACAAAAAAAAGUGACUCAACUGAGUGGAUGUGUCACCUGUUUCCGUCUGUUUCCUGGUUGACUCAAAGCUUCAUGUUGAUGUGAAUUUUGUUUUUUGGCAGGUCAGAGUGUGCUGCUUUUUUUCAGUUCUUUCCUGUGAACUCUGCACUACUGAGGGACGAGGCGGCUCAGGCCACAUUUCACUCCAGUGACCAAACAACUGUGUGUACGUGUUUGUAAAAAAGAGAGAGAGAAAGAGGAAGAGAGAUUGUGGUGUAUUUAGUAUAUGUAGAUUUUGCAUGGUUUGUACCUUCACCAAAUGGACAGUUGCAUUUGAAACAUGUCCUCUCUUCUGGCAUAGUAUUUCUUAUUGAAAUUACAUAAUGAUCUCAGUUGGUUCAAUUUACAUCCAUUUUAAUCUGUUCUUGUUUCUUAAAGAUUUUGUGGGGAAAACUCCUAAAGCUGCCAGGAGGUUCAGGACAAUCAACUAAACACCUCUGUACUUUAGUCUCUAAAUAGCAUUUACUGUGGAAAUUUAGAAUGAAAUCCACAGUCUAUUCACUUUGCUCAGGAUGUUGUUACUACUGUAUGACCUUAUACUCUCUAUUAUAAACUGUGACUUAUAUUUUUUACAUUUAGUGGACUGUGAAUAUAAAUAAAUGAUAUAGAACUUUAAA